AACAUGCAUGUCAGUAUAAAAUUGUUAAACUACGAUACCGUUAAAACUUUUUUGGCGAAUGUAAUGAUAUUACUUUCAACUGUCCUACUUAAGUGCCUUUUUAUAUACUGUGAGACAAACUUAGAGAAGUUUCACUACACACUUUCUACUUUGUAGGACGUGAUUUAUUUAUCGAUGGCUGUAGUACCAUCUGGAGUUUCACUACAAACUAACUGCUUAUGGUGGUUUUGUGUAAACAUGAAGGGAGUGUGCUGCUGGUUUGUAUAGUAACGUCUUGGAAGACGUUUCUUUCAGCUGAUAAGGAUUCAACUUGUCAAUUAGUUUUAAAUUAUUUCCUCACAAAUUUAAGUGUCGAGACCUGUUCGCCAUUAAAAGUAUUCUGCAAGCCAACAGAGGUUGGUCGGCUAAAUGCUGCAUUUUGGGGCAUUGUGAACAAGGCAGUGGAAUUAGGUGUUGAUGUUCCAAACAUUUCUUCACAUGGAACUGACAUUCUGAGUUCCUACUUUGAUAACACAGAAUAUGACGAUGUGCUGGGAUUUCUUGGUGUUGGUUAUGUCAAUUAUGAAUGGUAUGGAAAGUGCAUCCAAGGAUCAGAUCUUGCUGCGGUGUUACCGGAGGAUAUUUAUUUGGAUCUUCUUGCUUUUGUUGCACAGAACUGGAAAGUGGACUUUGCUAGUACAAACAUGCAUUAUAUACCGCUUAUAAAGUGCGCUGGUGCAGAUGGUGAAGUGACAUACAUGAGUGUAUACGAAGCCAAAACAGAUGAUGGAAAGUUAUGUAUGCUAUCUGAUGAGUAUGUACCUUUGGUUAUCAAAUGGAACAAAAGCUACUUCUCAACCAUCUCUCGAACAGUCUUUUUGCCCAUGUCUACACACAAAGCACUGGAAAAAAGUAUGUAUGCAUGAAGAAUCUUACUGUCCAUGAGUAUGCUAUUACCGUCAUAAAAGCUGUGCAUGAGAAAAACCAAGUUCUUGCUUUUACACACUUCAUAUAUCAAUUACAUAAAGAGAAAUACAUGCCUGAAUGGAACAUAAACCAUCUGUGCAGCUUGGUACCUAUCGUAAAUAAUUGCAGUUCUGUCAUUGCUACAAGAAGCGCAGUUCUGCUGCCAUUCAGAAUGAGCAAGUGGGCUGCAUUGCUGGGUUAAAAUCCAUGGAGAGGCCAAAGUUAUGUUGAGCUUGCAGAUGAUUACAUGUCUGCUAGCAAGUUUUCUGAGGCUCAUGCAUAUGAAGAUCAUUUUUUGUCAUCUGUCAAGAAAUAUAUGCAAGCCACUGAUGUGCUGUCGUUGGUUCCUCCAGAUGCUGGCUUCCCUGCUGCAUCAUCUCCUUUAAUAUGAAGAAUGCACUUCUUCUAGAAUGGAUUGAGGAUUUAAGGUCUAGGGAUGUAACACUGCCACCAAAGUUUUUGAAUUGUAUCAUUUGCGGGACAUGGCUUAAGACAUCUGUUGGUUACUGCGCACCAUCAGAAUCUUUCCUGCUAAAUGAGGAAUGGGGUCAUUUGUUUCAGGCUGAAGCUGCCUUUGUGGAUGUGCCAAUGAUUGAUCAAGAAUUUUACUUGGGCAAAGUUGCUUCAUACAAAAACGUAUUGGAAACACUUGGUGUCAAGUUUGAGUUUUCUGAUGCAAUGUCAUAUAUUGGCAAGAAUUUCAUGUCAAUGGACGCAGGUGCUCUGACAGCAGAUAGCAUGCUUUCUCUCUCCAGUUCAUCAGAUUCCUGCAACAGGAGAACAUAUCACCUGACCAUCUCAUUUCGAGCAUCAGAACUGGGAGGUGGGUCAAGACUUGCCAUGGAUACAUGUCCCCUGCCGAGUCAAUCCUUUGCAGUUCAGAGUGGACAAUACCAUCCGAGAUUAGCUGUUUACCAUUCAUUGACAUUGAUUUUUAUGGCAAUGGUAUCAGUAGCUUUAAGUCAGAGCUUGAGAUAUUAGGUGUUCUUGUAAGAUUCAAACAGAACUACCAGGUAAUUGUGGAUAAUUUUAAGCUUCCGACAGGUUCAGUUACAUCUGGUGCUGCUAUUAUGCUACUCAAGUGUAUUCGAUAUGCCGAUUCAUGCAGAAAAUUGGUGAAAGGACUGAAGAAGCGUCCAUGGUUGAAGACCAAUGCUGAUUUCAGAGCUCCCCGUGAAACUUUUCUUCUUGAUUCCGAGUGGAAAUGCCUCGUUAAGUUCGCAGAUGUAGUUCCAUUGCUUGAUUUGUCUUUCUAUGGCGAUGAAAUCUUGUCCUAUCGGGAAGAGCUCACGAAGAUCAGGGUUGUCGCUAGUUUGUAACAAGCAAGCAAUGCUAUAACUUCUCAUCUGAAGAAGCUCUUGUCAACAUGUUCCAUUACAAAGGAAAUCAGGCUUGCCCUAAUCUCGUGCUACAAGGAGCUGAGUGAGAACAAAACAUUUCCUGCCAAUAUUCUUAAAUUUAUGCAUACUGAGAAGUGGCUGCAUCCUUCACAUGGAUUUAGGACACCAGAUAAAUGUGCCCUCUUUGAUUGCUCAUGGGAGCCUGUCAUUCCAGUUGCAAGUCUACCAUUCAUCGAUGACAGUGACUUCAUCCACGGCACGGGCAAGAAAAUCUAUAGCUACAAGAAGGAGCUGAAGGCUUUGGGUGUUGCUGUAGAUCUUAACCAUGGAGCAGAUAUUCUCUUGUCAAGUUUAGCUAUUGAUGAGACGCAUGAAAUUCCUAUCCCAAAUGGUUUACACCCUUGUCUAUCUCUGAACUCGACUCUCGUGGCUUUGCUUAAAUGCAUGCAACUAAGUGUUCAUCCAAGAAAGUUUGCAGAAGAAAUUCGAAAGAUGCAGAUCAAAACAACUCUUGGAUACCGGUAUGCAGAUGGAUGUAUCCUAUAUGAUUCAACUUGGUCUUCCUAUUUCCACAUGGAAGAUGGUCCUUUCAUCGAUGUAUCAUUCCAUGGCCCUGAUAUACUGUCAUAUAGGACAGAGCUCAAGAUGAUCGGAGUUGUCUUGGAUGUUGGCUCUGGAUGCUCUCUAAUGGCACUGAAUCUUAAAAGCUUCUCUAGAACGGACACUAUAUCUAGAAUAUACAGAUACUUCGCUGCAUUCAAAUGGGAACCUAAAAAAGAAGGUGAAAACUGGAUAUGGAUACCGAAGGGGAGAAGCAGUGGCCGGUGGGUGAGUCCUGGUGAUUGCGUUCUUCAUGACAGGAGUGGCUUAUUCAGUGUGCGUUUUAAUGUCUUGGAUAAUUACUAUGAAAAAGAUUUGUUUCCCUUUUUCUCCACAGCCUUUCAUGUCAGGCACAGCCCAAGAGUUUUGGAUCACUGCAUUCUUUGGCGCUCAUGGGAGUGCACAUCCUUUGAGUUGAGACCAGCUAGUUGUUGUUCCUUCUGGGAGUUCAUCGGUAGUCAUUGGAAUACAACGACGGCAAAUCUCCUGUCAGGAUCUGUCACAAGAGUUCCUGUUCUUGUCAAUGACAAGAUCGUCCUCCGGGAGGUUGAAGAUGUGUUUGUUCCGGACGAUCUCCUCCUGAAGCACUUGUUUGAUCAGUUCUCUUCAAACCCAAUGUUCGUCUGGUACCCAACAGGUCUGUCAUUUGUUUCUCGUGCUAAGAUGGACAUUAUCUACCAGAGUUUAGGUGUCCGGUCAAUAUCCAAGGCCGUCAUUAAGGAUGAAUCUUUCCGUCCAAACUUGAGUUCUUGUCAAGUGGUCGAGACAACUGAUGCCAUUGUAACCCCUGGAUUUCUUAGAAUUAUCCUUGCUUUCCUGGCUAACCCGGUCCUUGAGAUUGCUUCAGAGAAGAGGCAUCAGAUGGUCUCUUGUCUGCCCGGCACAAAGGUUCUUGAGAUGAUAGAACCUAUCACUGUGAGCUACAAAGUAGAACUGCUAUCUUCGGGAAGAACGGUAUCAGUUAAAGUUCGUAGGAUGUUUAGGUGGGAGAGGGAGGACCGCAAGCUGUACAUUCAGAAAUCUGUUGGGUUGCUUGGAAGGACAGCUAAGAUGGAGAUGGCGACAUGCUUUGCAGAGGAAAUGUCUCAGGGACUGCUCUAUGAUAGAGUUGAUCUCAUUUCUUCGCUCACUGAGCUUCUCAAGAUUGGUUUCCUUGUUGAUUUUGAGGGGGGUGAGGUUGAGUUCCUGCUCAGGAGCAAGAACCUCCAGCUCUUUCCAGAGGAUGUGGAUUUUCUUCUAGAUGCAUUUCCUGCAAGGGUCUUGGAGGAUGACCUAUGCUGUUGACUAUGCUGCUUUUUUUAUGUUGUUGAAAUUCCAGCAGGCACCAACAAUAAUUCUAGGUUCUCACAACUGUUUCAUCGAGCGCAGGUUCUCACAACUGUUUCAUCGAGAAAAGAACAGCAUGUCCUUAUUUUCCAAUCAAUUCAUUCCUGGUCUCUUGUCUUCUCUGUGGAGUUUAGAUAUGCCACAGGGAUAUGCAUUCCUUUACUUCUGAUUUCGGUCUAUUACAUGUUCAGUGUUCAUUAGUACAUUGGCUCCAGAAACUAUGUUCCCUGACUUGAAAAUCAGUUGAAAAGCGUCAAGUUGUCCUCCUGUGGAACAUUCACCUAAUUCGCCUGUCCUCGGAGAUUAAUCAGCUGCAGGAAAUGCAAUUAGUAGGCAAGAAAGGUGUGUAGUCCGUCGCGGCAAUAAACCUCUCUUUUGCUUGAGCUGGUUCUUGAACUGCGCAUGCAAAUUGUGAACGAACAAUUCUGAUCAGUAAACAGAGGUAUCAGGUCCCGGUUUAUGUUAA